CGGGGCCGGGGUGGCGCUGUGGGAGGCGGAGCCCGGAGGGGUGGCCAGGGCGCCUUAUAAGAGCGCUAUAGGAACCUGGCGAGGACCGCGCGGUGGGGGGCGGUGGCCCUGCGAUGUCGCUGGUGUUGCUGAGUUUGGCUGCGCUGUGCCAGGGUGCCCAGCCCCCGGAGCCGACGAUUCAGUGUGGCUCUGAGAAUGGACCUUCUCCAGAGUGGAUGGUCAGUCACACUCUGACCCCAGGAGACUUGAGGGACCUUCGAGUGGAACCUGUUGUAACGAAAAGCUCUUCAAUUCUGAUGAACAUAAGCUGGAUACUCCGAGCAGAUGCCAGCAUCCGCUUUCUGAAGGCCACCAAGAUCUGUGUGUCAGGCAAAAGCAACGUCCAGUCCUACAGCUGCGUGAGGUGCAAUUACACAGAGGCCUUCCAGACUCAGACCAGACCCUCUGGCGGCAAAUGGACGUUUUCUUACAUUGGUUUCUCUGUGGAGCUGAACACACAGUAUUUCAUUGGGGCCCAUAACAUCCCCAAUGCAAAUAUGAAUGAUGACAGCCCCUCAUUGUCUGUGAAUUUCACCUCACCAGGCUGCCUAGACCAUCUAAUGAAAUACAAAACCCAGUGCAUCCAGGCAGGAAGUCUGUGGGAUCCAAACAUCACAGCUUGUAAGAAGGAUGAGAAGACGGUAGAAGUGAAUUUUACAACCAGUCCCCUUGGAAACAAAUACAUGGCUAUUAUCCUAAAUAAAAAUGUGAUUGGGUCUUUGGAUUUGGAGAGCAAACUAACUCACGUGUCUGUCAGGGUUCCAGUGACCCAGGAGAGUGAAGGUGCUGUGGUCCAGUUGACUCCGUAUUUCCGCACCUGUGGCAACGACUGCAUCCGUCGCAAAGGAACCGUUGUACUUUGUCCACAAACAGAUACGUCCUUCCCUUUGGAUAACAGUAGAAGCAUGCUUAGUGGCUGGCUGCCUCUCCUCCUCCUGGCCCCACUGGCAGCCACGGGGAUGCUGGCGGCUGGGACCUGUCUCAUGCGGAGGCAUGGAAGGAUCAAGACUUCCUUCCCCACCACCACGCUACUGCCCCCCAUUAAGGUUCUUGUGGUUUACCCACCCGAAAUAUGUUUCCAUCACACAGUUUGUUACUUCACUGAAUUUCUUCAGAACCACUGCAGAAGUGAGGUUAUCCUUGACAAGUGGCAGAGAAAGAAAAUAGCCGAGAUGGGCCUGGUGCAGUGGCUCACCACUCAGAAGAAAGCCGCGGAAAAAGUCAUUUUCCUUCUUUCCAAUGAUGUCAACACUGUGUGUGAUGGUACCUGUGGCAAGAGCAAGGUCAGCCCCGGUGAGAACUCCCAAGACCUGUUCCCCCUGGCCUUUAACCUCUUCUGCAGCGACCUGAGGAGCCAGACUCAUCUGCACAAAUACAUGGUGGUCUACUUUAGAGAGGCUGAUAUCAAAGACAGUUACAAUGCCCUCAACGUCUGCCCCAAGUACCGUCUCAUGAAGGACGCUGGCGCUUUCUGCACAGAACUGUACCAUGCCGAGCAGCACGUGUCGGUGGGGAAAAGGCUGCGAGCCUGCCACAGCUGCUCCUCCGUGUAGCCCACCCACGAGAAGCGAGAACUUGAAGCCUUCCUACCCCUCCUCCGGUUAGAAAAGCUUGUGUUGGUUCUGGAGUUUACUGUAUAGGCUACUUGUAGGGUGGACUGUAUGUAUAUAACUACUUUAGUAAUAGGGAGGACUCAUAACGGAACAUAUACGCCUUAGUCUGGUAAUUAAAAAUUUUAUGCCACUAGUUACAAAUAUUACUAACUACUGUAGUACUAACUGAAGAAUGGAAACUACAUUUAUAAUUAUAAAGCUAAAUCAAUUUAGUUAUAACUAAAAAUAAUAGUUAUAAAAUGAAACCAUACCAUCUGACAAUGCAACGAGAAAGCCUCUUCCAGCUGAACGUCCAGUCUUGAAUAGUCCCUGCCCUGCAUUGUAGGCAGACGUGUUUAGCUUUGUAACGUGCCAAGAUUAAUUAAUGAAUGCCAAAUUUAGUAAGCCCUAGCUAAUUCACUCAAUAAUUUCUUAGCUAAAAACUCGCUCUCACACACAUCUUUAUUUUUAACAAAAAUAGGAACAACAGGCUGAACCAUCUUUGCUGACCAGACGACCUAGUAUAUUUGUACUGGGCAUUUGGCAUUUUCAUAGGACCUUCCCUCUCUGAACUAGGUUCAUGUCCUAUUUGCCUCUUGUACAGGUGACUUUCACAUGAACACCAAAAUAUACUUGCAGACCUGUUGUCUACUUCUGUCCAGUUACCUAUUAGAGGUCACCGUCAGAGUUCAGUUUCUUGAUUAUGUAAAUUUUUGUGUUUAGAACAAAAAUAAUUCCUAUUAUGUUGGAAGACAGCCCUCUUGAAGUAAUUAAUCUUACGAGUUAUUAUAAUGGCUUACUUAGGUAAAAACAAACUACCAUGGAGUUACAGAAUACAAGAGUUAUAUGGUAUUUUGAGCCUUCUAACUUUUUAAUUUUCCUAAAAGCAUCUUUUUUACUCCAGGUCACCAAAAGGUUAUGUAUGUUAGCAUAUGUAUUUUUCUGGGAAUGCCUGUCCUUUCACACAGCACAAUACUAAAUCUGCUCCAGAAUGUGGACCAGUUUCAGGUAGAUGACUGCUAAAAUGUAUUUGUUGAGUAUUCUAAUACAUGUCCUAAGAAUAAAAUAAAAACCAAAGUGCGUAAGCAUAGAGUGAAAUCUCACCGUGUCCAACUUCACCAGCAGUUACUUAGUAAUGACUCAGGCAAUAUGUUUAAUGUGGAAAAAGUCCCUCAUUUGUCAAGAUUAAUCUUCACGGUGCUUUAAAGUGCUGAUGAUAAAAGACGGGACAUGGCUAUGUCAAAACUCGGACCGGAAGCCAACUUCCUCUGAAUCAACAUCUACCAGUUAUAAGAGCAAUGUACUAUUACAUGAAAAACUACUGCAAACAGAAAGAGCCCUGGCCCCUGUGACUCGGUUGAGCGUCGUCCCAGGCACUGAAAGGUCAUUGAUUCGAUUCCCAGCUGGGGAACAUGCCCAGGUUGCAGGCUCAAUUCCUGAUUGGGGUGCAUUCAGGAGGUAACUGAUAGAUGUCUCUCUCACACUGGUCUCUCUCUCCUUCCUUCCUCUCUGAAAUUAAUAAACAUAUUAAAAACAAACAAAAAAUUGUAUUUUUGGGACUAGAUAGCUAAUACUAAAUUGUGUUGAAACAGCUCAGAAACAUAAAAUCUUAGGUAAUUAUUGUUUAAAAAAUUUUAAGUCAAAGAACAUACAAUUUUCAAAUUGAAGGCAUACAUUCCAAAUAGUACUUGCAAGUUACAUUUUGUUAUACCCCUUGUUCCUAACCUACUGGGCAGAUACACAGGAUACUCUUACUAAUGCAAAAUGCUCUGUUACCAGCACUGCUCCAUGUCUUAAGACUUAUUACCAUCCUCAUUCUAUACUAGAGGCCAGGAGCAUGAAAUUCGUGUGGAGGUACCAUCUCUAGGCCUGGCCUGCAAUCAGGCCCAUCUUCCCUGGCUGCCCACAGCCAGCCCUGCCCCCCGUUGCCACCCACACCUGGUUCCCCGUCUGAGAGGUCAGCCUGCUCACGCCAGCCCUGCUCCUGCUGUGGGUUGCUCUCUUUAUGUGGGGUGGAGGCCUUGGCCUGGCGCCAGCGGUGUCCCCUGCCACCCAC